AUGCUCAAUAAUUCUUUAGUUUCUCAUCAAUUUCAAAAUUCACCCAUUUAAUAUCCUUUACCUAUUCCAACACCUGCCCAACCUAUUUCUGCUAGAUAAAAAAUCCAUGUCUCCAAUUUACCUUUACAUGUCACAACUUAAUAAUUGUAAUAAACCUUUUAAACUUAUGGAAAUAUUAUUGAUAUCAGGAUCAUCAGAAAAACACCUACAGGUAUAGGAAUUAAUUGACAAAAGGAUUACCUUUACAUAUUUCAUGUUAUGCUUUUAUUGCUUUUGCUGAUAAUGAUGCAGCUGAUAAGGCAAUUCAAGAUGGUAUAAUCGGUGAUUGGACUGUGAAACCUUAAAUUGAUAAAUAAGCUAUUACUAAAUGCAAAUCUAGAUCUCGAUCCAGAUCUUAAGAAAAAAACAAACAAGUAUUAACUAAUGGACCCAUUACUCCUUUGGAGCCAUCUCCAAAAAUAUAAAUUCAACUAUUUGUUAGAGAAUUGUUUGUUAGUGGGAUAUCCAAAAAUUAUGAUGAAUUGAAAAUACGCUAGGUAAUAGAAUGUGAAAAUUAUAGAUUUUUUAAUAAUUUGGCCCUAUAGAGAGGGUUGAUCUGUAUCCUAAUAAGCAUAAUAUAUUUAACAGUUAUAUAAAAUUUUUUACUGUAUAAACUUUUUUUUUAUUUGAAUUUAGAUAGAUUAAGCUAUUUCUGCCUAUGAAGAAAUGGAUAGUAUUUAAUAAUAAUUUUCUACUUAAAUAAAAAUUUAUUUUUCUGACCCUAUAAAAAGACACAAUAUUGUUGGCAAUAAGUAAAUUUUAUUAGAUUUUUUUUAGUUUAUCAAAUGAGUAACAUUCUAAACUUUCAUCAGUAUUAUUUAUAUUCUUUCCUCCUAAUUUAAAUAAAAAAGUUGAUCAUGCGUUUUUGUUUGAAGUAAUUUUUUUAAUCAUUUAACUAAAAGAUAUGUUAGAAUCAUUCAUGCCCACCUCUCUUAUGGAAUUAUAUUCAACAAGAUCCAAAUUAUAAAUCAUACACUCUUCUACAAUUUAGAGAUACAAAAUAAGCUAUCUAAAUAAGAAACUAUCUUUAAUAACAUUUAGUAGAUCUUCUAGGUGAUUCAAAAUGUGAAGUAGGUAUAGUAUCACUACCAACAAAGCUCAUAUAAUAAUAAUAAUAACCUCCAUAAUAUUAAUAAAUCUAAAUGAUUCCAUAAUAAUAACCAUUACCUAAUAAAAUGAUGAUGAUGCCAUAAGUUGCAUAACCUUUUUAAUGUAAUUAUUAACCACUUUUCAUUCCAUAAUAAGUUAUGUACCAAUAACCAAAAUAACAAUUCAUGAUGCCUAAAUAAGAUUAAAGAAUGUAUCAUCAAUUUGUAGAUCCAUAAUAGUUUAAUCUUCCUUAAUAAAUUCAACCUCAAGAAUAAGAUAUGAAAAUUAAACUAAAUCCCAAUCAAAAUGGGAAUUAAGAGAUUCUUGAUGGAUUUUUAAAUUUUGAUACUAAUCAACAAUAAUAAUAGCGAUAAGAUUGGGAUACAUUUUGGAGUGGAUUUAUGUUUAGAAGCAAGAGUCAUAAGGUUGGAGUAGAUGCCAAAUGUUAAGAAUCUGAUGUAUUGAAUUUCUUAAUAUUAAUUUAAGGCUCCUAUUGUGAUGUCACCACAAAUAUAAGUUAAUUAUAAGGGAAAUUUUACUGAUGCCAAAAAGUCAGCAAAUGAUGCUUUCAAAUUCAUUCUCUGUCCUUCAGAUUUCACUUAGGUUUUAAUUAUAACAAUAUAUUUAGAAUAAUGCAUUUUAAGAAUAUAUAGAUUAUUUUUCAGAAAAAAACAAGAUUGGGGUUGCAUACAUUGGAAACAGUCUUUUAUAUUUGUUACCACCAAAUGAAAUUACAAAUACUAUCAUGCCAAUAUAAGGAUUAGAAAUAUUAGCUUUGUAUAUUGAAGAUAAAAAAAAAUUUAUCAGUUCCAAUUAAGAUCAUGUGUUAUGA